AUAUUUAAGUUUGUACAAAUUCCUUCAUUUAAUAUAUAUUAAACAGAUAUAAAUUAUAAAUUUUGCAAUAAAAAGAGCAUAAAAAGUGGUGUUGUGCAACGUGUCCAUUUAGAAUGAAAAGAAGGGAAUGUGAGAACAAAAUUCCAAAAAGAAAACAAGUUUCGUGCAUACCUUUGUAAAAGUGAACCUACGCUUUUAUUUUCCAAUUGGUUUUUAACUUCGUCUUUCUAUUAAGUGAAGAACAGGACAGAACAGAAAUUCCAAUAAGCAAAAUGAGAAAGUGGCGCCCGGAAAUAUUGUCAUAAAUUCCCUACAUAUAAAUAAUAGUAUAAAUUUAAAUAUCCUAAAUUAAUUGCAUCGAAAAGAAUACAAGAUUCUGGAACGAAAAAAGUAAGCAGCGCUCCAGACGGUAGUGUUACAACACAGUUUAUAAUAAUGGCGACAUCACCACGCUCCGUUGACACAAUAUCACUAUGUUCCACCGUUUCCAGUUGCCCGGAUCGCAACGGUUUUUACGGYGGCUUUCAGCGCACAGAAAAACCUAAAGAACCACUCUCGAAAGCACAAAUCAUCGCGAGAGAAAAGAAGUGGUUGUAUAUGAUUGAUAAUUGGUCAUUGUAUAUGUCCAAAAAUUACAAAAAGAUUCGUGAUCGUUGUCGCAAAGGUAUACCAAAAUCGGUUCGCCCACGAGCUUGGUUCUAUCUUUCUGGUGCUUAUUUAUUAAAAAAGAAAAAUCCUACAGUCUACAAAGAACUACUUGAACAGCCCGGUAAUCCACAUGUAAUCGAAGAGAUAAAAAAAGACAAACAUCGGCAAUUUCCAUUUCAUGAAAUGUUUUUGGAUGAGGAUAAAGUUGGACAAAUYGAAUUAUUUAAUGUACUAAAAGCGUAUUCAAUAUACAAUCCGAAAGUGGGCUUUUGUCAGGCGCAAGCGCCCAUUGCUGCCUUCCUGCUUAUGCACCUACCGGCAGAAGAUGCGUUUUGGGUGUUUGUUAGYGUUUGUGAUGUUUACUUAGAAGACUACUUCAUUACUGGUCUUGAGGUGCUGCAAAACGAUGCUGGCAUACUGGAGGGGCUYCUCAAAAAAACUUGUCCACCCGCAUACCGUCACCUGCAAAAGCACAAAGUCGAACCCUUACUCUAUAUGACCGAUUGGUUUCUGUGCGCUAUGACAAGAACAUUACCAUGGGAAACACUGUUGCGAGUUUGGGAUUGCUUUCUCGCCGAAGGCAUACGUGUCAUCUUCAAAGUAGCACUAGUGAUAAUUGGUGCUUCACUAAAUCAACACAAAGUUCGCAAACAAUGUAAUGGACUUUGUGAAACAUUAGAGGUGCUACGCUCACCACCUGAGCAUGUGCUCGAAGAGGAUUUUAUUAUCAAUAAUAUACAAAGGCUAAAUUUACGUGUCGAGGAUUUUCAAAUCGAGCAUACGCGACAAAAAAAUCGACGAGCCAAACAGAAAGCUAUGCAAGAGGCAGCUGCAGCGACGACGGCAUCCACAUCACACGGCAGUGCUGUGAGUAGCAGUAGUAGUGGUGCGGGCGGUAGUAAUGGCUAUAGGCUGUAAUGUUAGCACAAAGUGCUUAAAACCGGCAAAAGUGGAAAACUGUGUAAAUCAUAGAAUAAAGCAUUAAACCCACAGCCGAGUUAAGUGAGGAGUUCUGACUUUGCACCAAGCUAUGUGCAUGUAUGUAGUUGUAAAAGUUUUCCGUCCUUUACUUGGUUGUGGGAAUAUUUUGUCCCUUUUGGUAGCAAUUUUUUAAGGGUGCUAAGCAUUCACACUCAAAGUUGUUUUUUAUUGAUAAUAUUUUAGUAGAUAAGCAGUGAACAGAAAUAUAAAUUGAAUAGUGAACAUAAUAUUAAGAUAAUGAAACGACUAACCGAAAGUUUYAAAUUGAACGCACAGUAUAGAGAAAAGAAUUGCGAGUUACAGGCAAGUCUUGAAAGUACAUACACACAAUUUAACAGACACAAUAUUAAACUAACAAUUCCAUAUGCAGCUAUCAUGAUGCCUUGAUCUUUUAUUAUUUUGAAAUAUCGAAUAUCGAAUUAAAAUUGCACAAAAUAUAUUUAGGGCACCAAUUUAAUUUCAUGUGGCAUUUAUGUAAUAGCGACAAAGUGGCAGUUGUUUAAUGCGAUAAAAGAGUAAACAGUCGUUGAGUACCACUGAAAAUUGUCUCGAGCAGUUGCAACUUUGUAGCAAAAUAAAUUGCAUAUAAGAAUGAACAGCUCUUUUGCGACAUUGCCAUUUUCCGAAGCUUCCAAUAAAUGCGAUAAGUUUGCGACGUUAAAAAAGUAUCGCUUCUGUUUCCAUUUUCAUAGAAAGCACAAGUGGGAGCUAAAUGACACGUUACUUGAAAUUAUUUGAAUAUAAAUAUUACAUAUCAGACAAAGAAGAAGGACAGACAUCACAAUGCACAGGCGCUAGCAUUAUGCGCACGCGCAAUGAAUAUUUAACAUUGCUCAUACAUUCGAACAUGUGUUUGAUUUAGCCGUACUACGACUUUUUUUUUAAUAGUUUUCAUUUUGUAUACUCGCAAUUUGUAUGGAAAAUAUAUAUAAUUGCAUACUGUGCUUACUAAUGUUUAACUGUAUUUKUCUCAAUUCAGUGCAAAUAAAGUGUAUAGUGAGGUGAAAGAUUCAGCUUUGGUCAUUCCAAAAAGUUUAUGUCUUCGUAUUUCUUACUGUAAGAUUUUGCGUUACAAAUUUUCGUAUUUUAAUUAUCAGCUGUGUAAAUCAUAGCUAUGAAGUAAAAAUUAUUAUUAAUAAAAUUAUAAUUUAAACGAUAUGUAUAAUCAUAACUAUAUGCAGCUAUAUAGCUCUUAUAUGUAUGAAUAUACGCAUAGACAUAUACAUAUAAUAUAUAUUUAUAUAUUAGAAACUAAAUUCGUGCAAUUUAUCUGCUUACCUUCCAAAGGAAUACAAAUUAUUUAUAAACUAAGUAUUAAAUAUUUAUAUUAUUAAAACUACUACUACUAUUUUACCAAUCGUUGUGCAGCUAAGCAUUUUUUUGCUGCUUAUGUUAUAAUUUAUGCUUGUGAUUAAGACAGCCAUAAAAUAAUUUGUGUUUUCUUCUCGAUUUAAUUCGGUUUUGUAAGAAACAAGUUUUAUUUUUACAAUUAAAUAUGCAAAUUAGUUUAAAAAUAUAACAGUUUUUCAAUUCAUAUCCAACAAUUUCUUUAAUACUAAACCUUGGUCUUAAUACACAUUGAAGCACAAUCUCAAUGUUUUUUAAAUAAAAAAUAAAGCUGCUUACAUAAACAACGAAAAUUUAAUAUAAUAUAUAAUUCUUUAAGCAAGAAAAAGGCAAUUUAUAGGAAGGAAACGACAACUUAUCCUCAAAAAAUAUAACAUUAGCAGAGAAGAGGUAGGAAAAAAUGGUUGGUUUUUAAUAAAAAUGUAAAACUAAUAGUAUUUAUAUAUAUUAAAUUUGUAUAUAAGUAAUUGCAACAUUAUAUACAAGUUUACAUAUCUAUUCGUUCAUAAUCACACAUUUAUUAAACGAACUUAUAAAAAGCUUUAUUUAUUAACGAACACAAAUACAUACACCAUUUAUUUAUGUCUGAUUCUUCCAAAUUUUCAAGAAACCCUCUAAAUAAAAAUUAAAUUAUAAAUACAAAACACUGUUAAAUAUACAUAUUUAUUGUAAGUAUUAUUAUUAUUUUUUAACAAGUGUUUUGGCUUGUUUUCAUUAACUAUUUUAACCUAGUUGAAAAGGGCAGAAAUGUCACGCUUAUUCCAUUUUGAAUCCCUUAGCAGAAAACACAUUUUUGAAAAAAAAAAGUUAGCAAAAACUACACAAGCACUAACAGAAAUCAUACAUUCUCAUUAUCAUAUYCUCGUAAAAAUAACACAUUUACAAAGAAAAUAUAUGCACACAUACACAUAUAACACCCAACUGUGUAUGUACUUUCGGAAUUUACAAUUUUUAGAACAUACUAAGUGAUGAGUAAAAGAAUGCUUGUAACUGUGAAUUGAGAAUGAAACAUGUAUAAAUAUGCAGUUUAAUAAAAUGUGUAAUAUUUUGAAAACACAAA